AGCCUUAGAAGCUUGCGGAAUGGGCAAAACCGCCUGAUCGGGAACAGCGCAGGCUCCGGAGCAUCGCAGGCUCAAGAGCAGCGCGCUUCGGUCAACGACUGGAAGUGGGCGGGUUCAUCAAACUGGAUGUGACAGUUUGAUAACUGAAUAUCGGGACCUGAUAACCGAAUUGGGGGGUUCUUUGAUAAAGCCUGGGUCACCUCAUAUGACACAGUCUCCCUGUCAUGGGAGCUCCCACUUCCUCUGAACAAGUUCAGCCCUGUCUGCACAACCAAUUCUGGGGUUGAAAAGAAUUUACUAGGCAUCUGCUAUUUUGCAGGAGAAGCCAAAAAUGACAAAGUCUCAGGGUCCCGUGUCAUUCGAGGAUGUGACUGUGGAUUUCACCCAGGAGGAGUGGCAACAACUGGACCCUGCUCAGAGGACCCUGUAUAGGGAUGUGAUGUUGGAGACCUAUAGCCACCUGGUCUCAGUGGGAUAUCCAGUUGCUAAACCAGACGUCAUCUCCAAGUUGGAACAAGGAGAGGAGCCAUGGAUCAAAAAGAGAGACAUGUCAAAUUGGCUCUAUCCAGACAAAGAGAGUAGACUUGACACCCCUCAACUGGGUAUUUUUGAAUAUGCUUUCUUCCCUAAGGAAAUAAUGGAAAAUGUCACAACGGAUCAUUUGUCGUACUCCAUUUUAAAAGUUUGGCAAGGUGAUGACCAGCCAGAUAGAGAUCAGGAAAUACAAGACAGAAUUUUCUUGCCAGUUAAAAUCAUCAAGAACAAAGCAGUUACUGAGGAGUCAUGCCGUACAUAUAAUGCAUUUGGAAAAAUAUUUCAUGAGUGCACAGACCCAGAUAUUUCAAGACAAAAACUGUAUAAUAAUUCUGAUUCAUUUGAAAAGGGCUUGAAGCCUAAUAUAAACCUGAGUAGUUCUAAUAGGAGUUAUGUGACAAAAAACACUGAUGAGAAUCUUGGGUGUGGGAUCACAUCUAGCUACAAUUCUUCCCAUUCUAAGCAUGAGAAGAUUCAUAAUGGAGUGAAACACUCUGAAGGGAAACAUUGUGGAAACAUUCUCAGCAGUAAACAAUCUCUUAUUCAAUAUAUGAAUGUUGAAACUGGGGAGAAGACCUGUGUUGUGUGUAUUGAAUGUGGAAAAAGCUUUCUCAAAAAGUCACAGCUCAUUAUACAUCAAAGAAUUCAUACUGGAGAGAAACCCUAUGAUUGUGAUGCAUGUGGAAAAGCCUUCAGUGAGAAGUCACAUUUAAUUGUACAUCAGAGAACUCAUACUGGGGAAAAACCUUAUGAAUGUUCUGAAUGUGGAAAAGCCUUCUCUCAGAAGUCAUCCCUUAUUAUACACCAGAGAGUUCAUUCUGGGGAAAAACCAUAUGAAUGUAGUGAAUGUGGGAAAGCCUUUUCCCAGAAGUCACCUCUUAUUAUACAUCAAAGAAUUCAUACUGGAGAAAAACCAUAUGAAUGUAGUCAGUGUGGAAAGGCCUUCUCCCAGAAGUCACAGCUUAUUAUGCAUCAUAGAGCUCAUACUGGAGAGAAACCAUUUGAGUGCACUGAAUGUGGGAAAGCCUUUUGUGAGAAGUCUCACCUCAUUAUACAUAAAAGAAUUCACACUGGGGAGAAACCCUACAAAUGUGCUCAAUGUGGAGAAACCUUCAGCAGGAAGUCAGAACUCAUCAUACAUCAAAUAAUUCAUACUGGGGAUAAACCCUAUGAAUGUAUUGAAUGUGGGAAGACCUUCUCCCGGAAGUCACAGCUCAUCAUACAUCAGAGAACACAUACUGGAGAGAAACCUUAUAAAUGCAGUGAGUGUGGAAAAGCCUUCUGUCAGCAGUCACAUCUCAUUGGACAUCAGAGAGUUCACACAGGAGAGAAGCCUUAUGUAUGUACUCAAUGUGGGAAAGCCUUCUCACAGAAGUCCCAUCUCCCAGGACAUCAGCGAGUUCAUACAGGAGAGAAACCUUUCGUAUGUGAUGAAUGUGGAAAGGCCUUUUCCCAGAAGUCAGACCUUGUUGUUCAUAGGAGAAUUCAUACUGGGGAAAAGCCCUAUCAAUGUGGUAUAUGUGGGAAAGCAUUCAUCCAGAAGUCACAACUUACUGUACAUCAAAGAAUUCAUACAGUGGUGAAGGUAUAAGAAUGAACUGAACGUAGAAAAGCCCCAAUAUUAACUCAAGCUUUAGUAAAUACCACAAACCCAAUUUUUGAUGAGUUUUGGGAUUACAUCUCUGUUGAUAAAAGUUUACAAGCGAAAUCAUGUUCCUAGUGUGGUAUUCAACUUUUUAUCAAAGACAAUAGGAAAGUCUUAAUUACAUAAAUGAUGGGCAUUUUUACUAUAGCUUGUAAAAUUUUAAAAAUAUGAACCGAAUGGUUAGCCCAAUAGUGGCACAAAUUACAUAUAUAAUCUCCUUUGAAAUUACAUGUACCUGAUUGUACCCUAUUACAAAAAUCAGAUGUGGGGAAAAUUGGUAAUGUUAAGACCGUAAUUAUGGCCAUUCAUUAAUUUCCUAUAGAGGACAUGAAGAAAGCUCAAGUCAAAAAUGCUACAAUCUAGAAACUGCAUUCUAGAGAAGAGACCUGAUCUUCACCUCUAAAGAUACGUGUAAAAUUCUUCUUGUAGAAAGAUAGAAAGAUGAGUUGAUCAGAUUCAAUAAAGGUGGUAUUUAUGUGUUCUUGAAUUUCAAGAAUAUAAGUU